AGGGGAGAGGGGUGGAGAUUAAGGUGCGUGGGCGGGGCUUUGAGGGGGAAGGGGCGGGGCUUGGGGGCCCCGAAGUGACCCCGAAACUCCCACAAGUGACCCCCAAAAGUCUGGCGAGGGACCCCAAAACCCCCCCUAAGGAACCUCAAAACCCCCAAAAGUGACCCCAGAGGGUCCCCUUAAUGUCCCCAAAAGCUCUGUAAUUGUCCCCGAGGGUCACAGAUUGUCCCCAAAGAGCCUGUUGGGGUCUCCAGGGGUCUUAGAAGUGUCCCCGAAGGGUCCCCUAAAUGUCCCCAUAGAUCCCUAAGGGCUGCAUAAGUGUCCCCGGGAGUCCCAUAAGUGUCCCCCAAACCCCCCGUAAGUGACCCCCAAGGCCCCAUAACUGUCCCCCCUGUCUCUCCACAGGCCCGGGCGGCCCCGGCAGCGUCGCCGUGACCCCCCUCGCCGGCAGUGCCCCCUCCCCGGCGGUGCCCCCUGCCCGGGCCGUGCCCCCCUCCCCGGCGGUGCCAUGCGGGGCUGAUGGAGCCCAACGCGUUCCCGCAGCUCCAGCUCUGGUGCCCGCGGCCCUUCGGCACCUUCUCCCAGAACAAACCAUGUGCCCCCUCCCCGCCCGGACCCCCCGCCCCUCCCGCCGCCGCCGCCGGAGCCCCCCGAAAACCCACCCUGGGCGGCCGCCCCUCCGAAAACACCCCCCCGGACCCCCCACCCGCCGAGCCCACCCCCGCGGCCCCCGGCGCCCCCGAGGACGGGCGGGUGCUGCUGGACACGUGGUACGUCAUCAAGCCCGGCAACACCAAGGAGAAGGUGGCGUUCUUCGUGGCCCACCAGUGCGGCACCGGCGGCGCCGGCGGCACCGCGGGCGGGGGCCGCGCCAGCACCAUGAAGGUCAAGGGCAACUGGGGCAGCGGCAGCUCCAAGGCCAAGCGGCGCCGGCGCUGCCACGACCCUCCCCGGCUGGGGGGCUCCGGUGACCCCCCCCGGGACGGCAAGGACAACAACGCCGGGGGCGCCGGGGACGCCGGGGACGGGCAGGACCUGCUGUCGGUGGCGGAGAUGGUGGCCCUGGUGGAGCGUCGGGCGGCCCUGGCCCUGCAGAGCCUCCCCCGGCCCUGCGGCGGCGGCGGCGGCACCGCCCCGGCCCCGCUGGUGCUGCUGGAGGCACCGGGCGGCCCCGAGUGCCGGCGCGUGGCCGCCGCCGUGGCCCAGUUCGAGUCCCAGCAGCAGCAGCAGCAGCAGCAGUGCUGCCCACCGAGCGCCGCCAAUGCCGGCACCACGGCGGCGGCGGCGGCGGCGCCGGGCGAGGUGCGGAUCGCCUUCCGCAUCUCCAGCGGGCGCGAGGCCGGCGGGGCAGCGGCGGCGGCGGCGGCGGCGGUGAUGGAGCACCACCACGGCGCCAAGGACCAGAUCACCUGCGACCUGUACCGGCUGGUCAGCCCCAACCGCGCCGGCGUCGGGCUGCUCCUGGCGGCGGCGGGCGCCAAAACCGGCGGGGACGGCGGCGGGGACGGCGGCGGCGGGGACGAGGCGUCGCCGCGAAGCGCCGGAGCGCCGGAGCCGGGCGAUGUCGGCGUCGCCGCCGCGGAGGGGCCGGUGCGGGACUGCGCCUCGGGCUUCCACGUGGACGUGGUGGUGACGGGCGUGGUGGACCAGUGCGUGUUCUUCGGCAAGGACAGCGCCAAGCAGGUGACGGAGGAGACCGUGCGGCUCCCGGACGAGCCGCCGCCGCCGGGGCAGCUCUUCCUGCUGCCCGGCCCCGUCCAGGAGCCGCCGAGCGGCGCCGGCCCCGGCGCGGAGCCCGGCGGGGACCCGGCGCUGUGCCGGCUGUACCGCCACGUGUCCCACGACUUCCUGGAGAUCCGCUUCAAGAUCCAGCGGCUGCUGGAGCCGCGGCAGUACAUGCUGCUGCUGCCCGAGCACGUCAUGGUCAAGAUCUUCAGCUACCUGCCCACGCAGGCGCUCGCCGCCCUCAAGUGCUCCUGCCACUACUUCAAGUCCAUCAUCGAGACCUUCGGGGUGCAGGCCACGGACUCGAGGUGGAACCGGGACCCCCUGUACCGGGACGACCCCUGCAAGCAGUGCAAGAAGCGCUACGAGCGCGGGGACGUGUCGCUGUGCCGCUGGCACCCCAAGCCCUACCACCACGACCUGCCCUACGGCAGGUCCUACUGGAUGUGCUGCCGCCGGCCCGACCGCGACGCGCCGGGCUGUCGGACGGGGCUCCACGACAACAACUGGGUGCACCCCGCGGGCAGGAGGGAGGAGGGCAGGUGAAGGACGGACGGACGGACG